AGCGUGGGGCCCGAGGACGAUGGCAUAUACCAGUGCAUGGCGGAGAACGAGGUUGGCAGCGCGCAGGCCAUGGUGCAGCUGAGGACAGCCCGGCCAGGAGCUAUGCUCAACCCUGGGCGAGAUGCUCAGCUGGGCUCAGCGCAGCCUCCAACACCACCUUCCAGGGACAGUGCCUUAAAGCUGCCGCUGGAUAAAGCUGGACUGCCAAAGACUGGGACAACCCCACUGCCAGCAUCUCCACAGUGUGCAGCCAACAGGGAAAUGGUGUCUCCAGCUGAGGCCCCCAUCAUCCUCAGCUCCCCACGGACAUCCAAGACAGACAGCUACGAUCUGGUGUGGAGACCCCGGCCUGACAGCAGAGCACCCAUCCUCUAUUAUGUGGUGAAGCAUCGCAAGGUCACCAACGCCUCGGACAGCUGGGCAGUGAGGGACGUCCCAGCCUCGCAGCACCGCCUGACCCUCACCAGGCUGGACCCUGGCAGUCUCUACGAGGUGGAGAUGGCUGCUCACAACUGUGCUGGCGAGGGACAGACGGCCAUGGUGACCUUCCGGACUGGCCGGCGCCCAAAACCAGAGAUUGUUGCCAGCAAAGAGCAGCAAAUCCAGAGGGAUGACCCAGGCACAAGCACUCAGAGCAGUAACCAGUCUGACAACAGCCGUCUGUCCCCUCCAGAGGCACCAGACCGUCCAACCAUCUCCAUGGCAUCAGAGACAUCUGUGUACGUGACGUGGAUCCCCCGUGGGAAUGGUGGGUUUCCCAUCCAGUCUUUCCGUGUGGAAUACAAGAAACUGAAGAAGUUGGGAGACUGGGUCCUGGCCACCAGUGACAUUCCUCCCUCUCGCCUCUCUGUGGAAAUCCCAGGCUUGGAGAAAGGCACAUCCUAUAAGUUCCGUGUCCGGGCACUGAACAUCCUGGGAGAGAGCGAGCCCAGUGCAGCGUCUCGGCCUUAUGUGGUGUCUGGGUACAGCAACCGAGUCUACGAGCGCCCUGUGGCUGGGCCAUACAUCACCUUCACAGACGCCAUCAAUGAGACCACCAUCAUGCUGAAGUGGAUGUAUAUCCCAGCCAGCAACAACAACACUCCCAUCCACGGUUUUUACAUCUACUACCGUCCCACUGACAGUGACAAUGACAGUGACUACAAGAAGGAUGUGGUGGAAGGAGAUCGGUACUGGCACUCCAUCAGUCACCUGCAGCCAGAGACCUCGUAUGACAUUAAGAUGCAAUGCUUCAAUGAGGGUGGUGAAAGCGAGUUCAGCAACGUGAUGAUCUGUGAAACCAAAGCUCGGAAGUCCCUUGGCCUGCCAGGUCGUCUUCCACCCUCCACAGUGCCCCCCCAGCAGCAUCCCCCGCUCAGUGGUGGACACAGUGGCCUGGGGGCAGGAGCCAUGGUGGCCCGUUCCAGCGACUUGCCAUACUUGAUUGUAGGCGUUGUGCUGGGCUCUAUCGUACUCCUCAUCGUGGCUUUCAUCCCCUUUUGCCUUUGGAGAGCCUGGUCCAAGCAGAAGCAAACCAUUGACAUGGGCUUCCCAGGAGCUGGGCUGCUGGUCUCGUCCUGCCAGUACACCAUGGUGCCUCUGAGGGGCAUCUCUGCUCCUCGUGCCAAUGGACAUCCCUAUGUUAGUGGGCAGCCCUACGCCAAUGGGGCACAUCUGAAUGGCAUCUGCCCCUCUGCAGGAGUGGGAUAUGCAAGCGCCAAGCCCCGAGAGUACAGUCCAGAUGAAGUGCCACAGUCACAUGAGGAGACCAAUGCUUUGCUGCAGGCGAGAGUGCUCCAAAACGGGAAUGUCCAGCAAGACUACCAGCCCUCCAGAUUGCCCAACCCAAGAACAGAAGACAGGUCAUUCCUUUACAGUCUCCCAGAUGACUCCACUCACCAACUUCUUCAGUCGCAAGAUGACUGUCCUCACCUUCAAGAGCACUUUGUUGGUCUCCAUCAUCCAGUGAUGGGCAGCAAAGUGGGAGGCCCCAGCCUGGAUGCUCGACGGGAUCCCCUGUUCCACCAAGGAAGCCCUUGCUGCCUCGGCCUAGUGCCAGUUGAAGAGGUAGAAAGACUAGGUUGCUGCCAGCCCAGAGGAGAUCUCCAUCCCCAGAAUCCAGUGAUCUCAUCUUUGGGUCAGGACCUACCAAGACACAUGAACAGCAGCCCGCCACUGCUGAGGCCCUUAGAGACUCAUUCUCCCGCCAGCUAGGGACCAAGCCACCUUUUGCAAAAGAUUUAUUC